AUGGCUUUGAAUAUAUUAUUGAUAACCCGGAAUUUGAUAUUAAAAGAAUCGGGGGAUGUUGUUGUAGAUUCUAUCCGAUUUGUCUAUGAUAGACAUAAUGCAAUAGGUGGCAGACUUGGUGAGCAUAGGAGGAAUUACAGUUAUAAAAUACUUGAGGUUCAAAACACCACAAAGAACAUCCCCGGUAAAAAUAUCCCAUUUGAUAACAAUAAAGAACUUGCUUUGCCUGCAGGUGUUAUCUUUGGCGGUAGCAGUGAUUAUUUUGAUUCUCUUGGAGAAUAUGAGUUGAUGAUCCUUCUGGGGAUACUGACAACUGCAGCAUUAAAUAUAGUGGUAGUAACUUUGUAUUAUAAAUAUAGGAAUGGAUACAUAGAUUGUUGA